CUCGACCGUGGCAGUGAGUAGUGAGAGCGGCCGCGUCGCUUGUUCGUUGCGCUCGCUCUACGUACUUCGUUGACGACGGUCGCACGCGUGGAUCGUGUUGUAAAUUCCCAUCAAAGUUCGCGGUAACUUAUUGCGAUUUCAAAUCAUCGCACCGUGCAAAUUCUUAGAGCUUUCAUUUCAGUAGUGCAAAGUGCCAGCAAGGGAUUCCCUGUGAAAUAUAAAACUUGAAAUCUUAUUGGAGUGAACCCGAAGCCGGUCGGCCGGCGAGAAACGAUUCGUUUCGGUUUCGACGCCGCGCUAGUGGAUGUUAAUGUUUACAGCGUUAGAUAGUUGUAGUGCGAAGCAAAAGUGAAGUGUUGGAGGAGCGUAGGAUGUCCGUCGGCAGUCGAGGAACCGAGGGCGUGUGACACGCUCUUCGACAUGAGACGCCGCUGGUCUAACAACGGAGGCUUCCCCCUGCGUAUGCUGGAAGAGAGCUCCUCGGAAGUGACUUCGUCGUCUGCGCUGGGGUUGCAAGCGGCUAUGGUGAUGUCGCCGGAGUCCCUCGCGUCCCCGGAGUACGGAGGGCUGGAACUCUGGGGCUACGAGGACGGCAUGACGUACAACCCGGCUCAGACGCUGCUCGGCAACGCAUGCACUAUGCAACAGCAACAGCAACAAAUACAACCGCUGCCGUCGAUGCCUCUGCCGAUGCCGCCCACAACACCCAAAUCUGAGAACGAAUCUAUAUCAUCAGGUCGCGAGGAGCUGUCGCCAGCGUCAAGCGUGAAUGGCUGCAGCACAGACGGCGAGGCCCGACGGCAGAAGAAAGGCCCGGCGCCGCGGCAGCAGGAGGAGCUAUGUCUCGUCUGCGGCGACAGAGCCUCCGGAUACCAUUAUAAUGCGCUCACAUGUGAAGGAUGUAAAGGUUUCUUCAGACGGAGUGUCACAAAAAAUGCGGUGUACAUAUGCAAAUUCGGGCACGCGUGCGAAAUGGACAUGUACAUGCGGAGAAAAUGCCAGGAGUGCAGGUUAAAGAAAUGCCUCGCGGUCGGCAUGAGGCCCGAGUGCGUGGUGCCGGAGAACCAGUGCGCGAUCAAGAGGAAAGAGAAGAAGGCGCAAAGGGAGAAGGACAAACUGCCAGUCAGCACAACCACAGUAGACGAUCACAUGCCGCCCAUAAUGCAGUGCGAUCCGCCGCCGCCUGAAGCUGCUAGAAUUCUGGAAUGUUUGCAGCACGAAGUCGUGCCGCGGUUCCUAUCCGAAAAGCUCCUGGAGCAGAACAGGCUAAAGAACAUCCCUCCACUAACGCCGAACCAGCAGUUCUUAAUCGCGAGGCUCGUGUGGUACCAAGACGGUUACGACCAGCCUUCAGAGGAAGAUCUCAAAAGGGUUACACAGACUUGGCAGGCAGACACAGAAGAAAUCGGCGAGGCGUCCGACCUGCCCUUCCGUCAGAUCACCGAGAUGACAAUCCUGACGGUGCAGUUGAUCGUCGAGUUCGCCAAAGGCCUGCCAGGGUUCGCGAAGAUCUCCCAGCCCGACCAAAUCACACUUCUAAAGGCGUGUUCGAGCGAGGUGAUGAUGCUGCGCGUGUCGCGGCGGUACGACAUGUCGACUGACAGCGUGAUGUUCGCCAACAACCAGGCGUACACGCGCGAGAUCUACAACAAGGCGGGCUUCGGCUACGUCAUCGAGAACCUGCUGCACUUCUGCCGGUGCAUGUACGCCAUGUCGUGGGACAACGUGCACUACGCGCUACUGACGGCUGUGGUCAUCUUCUCAGAUCGGCCCGGCCUCGAGAACCCGCAGCUAGUGGAGGAGAUCCAGCGGUACUACCUGAACACGCUCCGAGUGUACAUACUGAACCAGCAGAGCGGCUCCACGCGGUGUCCCGUGGUGUACGGGAAGAUUCUGUCCGUACUGUCGGAGUUGCGCUCCCUGGGGAUGCAGAACUCCAACAUGUGCAUCUCCCUCAAGCUGAAGAACAGGAAGCUGCCCCCAUUCCUGGAGGAGAUCUGGGACGUGGCGGACGUGAACUCGGCGCAACCGCCGCCCGUGUUCGACCACGCCAGUGACCUCUAGCCCCCGCGUGCGCCCCGCCACACACCGAACGUUACGUUACGCGAACGCGUAACGCCGCGCGGCCUCUAAGACCUCCAUCCAGAAAGUGCGAAUUCACCGCAAAUCCUCACACGCGAAUUUGCUUUAAUACAAGUAUAUACGCUAAAUUCUCGCGCGACGAUUCGCGGCGAAUUCGCUCAUUCUGGACACUGGUCUAAGCUUUACUUACACGGGCUUUCGUUCCGCAUCUUCGUACUAUCCUGCGUUAUUUCGAUGUGUUCGUAUAAGGAGAAAUGUCACAGUUACCGUUAUAUGCCAUCGUUUCCCCCGAUAUUCCUUUUCGUUUAGUUGUUUCUAGUGUAAUCAAAUAGUUCAUAGACAAUAAUCUGAACUGAUAAAUGCGUAUUUGUCACAUUAUCUAGUUCUUUUGUUAAAAUACUAGCAACGAAGAUGUAGCAACUGAAAUAUGCAAAUGUUAGAGGGAGUUUGUGGAAUAAUGGCUGUGACAGUUCGUCAAGGUAACACUGCUAAAUUCUUUAACAAGACGAGUAUAGAUAUCUCCAUGAAAUAACUCGCUUAGCUAGAUCUAAACGCUUUCUAAGUAUUCUUGAAACGACAGCUUGUACACGUUUACAUGGUAAAAGUCAGACUGUCGUUUCGACAUGGCGCGUGCGGCACUAGAAAGCGUUUUCAUUCUAGCAACGCCUAUUUUUUUAAUGAUUCAAUGGAGUGACAGUAGAACCACUUGUAAUACUUGUUGAUAUAAAAAUAAUUCACAGCAUUUAGGUCUGUGGUUUGGCUUAACAACCAUUAACUAAUUUAUUGAUCAGUUCGCAUCAAGUAAGUUUAGAUAGUUCAAAUGAGUACACAGAUAUACAAUACGAUUGAAAUUAAAAGAUUAAUAACAAACAAUACAAAUAUACAGCAAUAUGCAAGUGUGGCUUUAUUCUGUCAGCAAAUUUCAGAGGUAAAGUUAUUUGACGCGAACUGUAGGGUUAGACAUCCCUACAAUAUUGUCAAUAUAGUAAUGUGUAUAGAUUGACCAGAAAAAUAAACAGCCACGCCAUUUUGCAGAAUAAAAAUUACUAAGCAGACUGAUAAAAAAUACUUGAAAAUCCAGGUUUAAUAUUUUUCUGUUCAGGCUACAUAACAGUAUGACAAACAUCUCUUAAUUACCCCUAAUAGAAAAUAUUGCCAGGGUAGUAUAAGCUGUUACAUUGGCAAUAUUGUGUGUGGAGGGGGAGCAGGAGGAAAUAACUAUAGUACGAGAUCCGACAUAAGAAAUAUAUACCCUCGUCUGUUAUUUAAUUGGGAUAAGAAAUAAAUGAUGGAAAAUAUCGUACACUAGUUAAUAGAAUAUAUCCAAAAGAAUUGAAAAAGUAAAGGUUGUCUGAUUCCACAGUAUAACUUUGGGGUUGCCAGAUAUAAACAGUUAAGUUAUGUUAUCUAUAUACUCUCAUUAGUCUAAUAUGUCAAAUGAAAGCUUAUUUUAUGCUUAAUUUAACUGUAUUAAGUUGCCUUUGAUCUAGUUCAUGGUUUCCUAGAUUUUAUAUGAAAAAUGUUGGCUGCAAUUUUACUAGGCAACGUGUCUAAUGUGUCAAUGUGAAUAUUUCUUAUCCCAAAUAUAUAACAGAUGAGGUAUAUAUUCCUUAUGCCGGAUCUUAGACUACUAUUGUAUUGGCAAUAUUGUGUGUGGAGGGGGGGGGGGGGACUAGUAUUGAAAUGGUUCUACUGUAGUAUAUGCUUAUGUUAGUGAGUUUAACAGUGCCGAAGAUAUAGCGACGCCGUAUAUACAGUGUGCGGAUGCGGGGCGCUCGUGUGCUAGUGCCCUCCGGAGAGAACGCUCAUAGACUGGCUAGUUUAAGUGAAGUGCUCGGACACUCGUGAUGGACGUGAUCAAACGUAUUUAUAAGGACAGUGAGUUUUACCACUUAGAAGGUACCGAGGUACCUGAUCGUACGUAUUCGGUGACCGACCGCGAUGCGAGUAUAGUGAAUAUAUGUGCUGUUGAACGUUCCGAGAAUAUAUUUAGUGUUGAUAGUUUAGGAUACGACUGGAUACCGAGUCGGUCGCUCGGAUACGACCGUAUGAUAAGACUUCUAUAAAUACACCCUCCUAAAUUACGCAUGUACGCUAUGAGAGUUAUAAAGAGAAAAAGAAAGUAAUAUAUGAAAGAGAUGUUUCUAUUGGGUGACAAAAAAAAUAAAAAAGUUGAUAGUUGUGUUUAUUUACCAAAAUUAACUGUGCGUUGAUUGACGUUUUUCGAUUUAUAUACAUAUGUAUAUGGAUAUUGUGAAGUCCGCCGACGAUCCGCGGCCCGCCCGGCCCGGACGUUGUUGUUCGUUUGCCACAGUGAUGCGUGAUAUUGAACUAUACUAUAUACACAAGCAAUAGUAUACACUAGACAGAAUACAUCGAAUGUGUUGUGUAGUAAAUGAUAAAUUGUAGAAAAACGAGGUCCAGAUACUUAUGACAUUGAAACCUUCACAAAGUGAUACUAUUUUGUGUCGUCACAUUAGGAACGACACAAAAAUAUAUAAUAUAAGUUCGUAGACAGAAAUAAAUAGACAGAAAGCAUCAUAUCGCAUUUAAAAAAGAGACAAAAAAAUCACACUUAGUUAUUUUACACUCAGUAUGGUUUAUUGGUGUGCCGGUAUUUUUAAAGUUAGCCCUUCUUUAUGGGAAACGACGACUGUGUGAUUAAUUAGGUCUACAGUACCAGUCUUCAACCACCAUGUCCAGAAAGGCAUUUGUCAUAUAUAAUGCAGCAGUCUAUUUUCUUCUCUGUCUAAGUUCUUUUAAACUCAGAAUACCUGAGUGGAUUGAUUAGUACCUAUUUGCAAUACUUAAAAAAGCUUUUGAUAAGAUCAAAGUUAAGAUAUAAUCCGAUAUACUGGUCUGAUUGUAUAUAGUCAUGUAUACCAGUGCUUGUGUAUAUACUCGUGUAUAUCACCUAUCAAUGUCUGCUCCGUGUUUGUUUAUAUAUAGUUUAUGUCACGCGUUAUCGUGUCCCGUCGAUUUUAGUUCCGACUCAUGUUCCAUUGUCCUGUGCCCGCGUCCCUCGAUUUAAACGAAUAAUUAUAAUUUAUUGCUGUGAUUACAUUUAUACAUGUUGAAGUAUCUUAGGUAGGCUGAGAUAAGUGUGUCUUAUUAUUAUAUAUAGAUGUUCUACUGUCGCAGUAGCUUUCAUAAUGGCGUCACCGGAUUCUCCUUUGAGUGUUUUUUGAUAGUUGAUGUUGAGUGUACAUAUACAGGGUGAUUCAUUUUCUACUAUGGUCACACUGCCCCGUAUCGAGUUUACUUUAGUCUAUGGUGGUCUCGUAAACAAAAUAUUGCUCGAGCGUGCGCGUCAUCUCUUUGACUAUGUUCGAAUUGAGACUGUCCGAGUUGUCUUGGUUUAUGUACAUCAUCCAAUCAUUUAGUUCGAUUAUUUCAUAAUUUUAAAUAAAUAUUCGUUAUAUGUAUAUUAGAAACUUGCGUUCUAAAUUCAAAAAUAUUCAAAUAUGACAGUUGCAAGACAUUUUAAACUUUUUUUUAUAUUAGAACGGGCAACUGGACUUAUUAUUGGUAAAAAUCAUCGAAUUAUUGUUAAACAAAGCCUGAAGAAAACUGAAUUGAUCAAUUCUUAUUUAACUCAGUUGUUGUAACUUUUGUAAAAUAAUUAAAGAAUUCUAUGUUAAAAUAAAUUUAUUGUUAAAAUAUGUAUGGUGUACAAUAACUUUAUUGUACGGACAGUCUCUUUUCGUAUGACUUUUCUAACUUAUUAUAAGUGUAGGAUAUGUGUAAUAUUUUUUUUAUUUAUGGGACUCUGGAUGUUUGUUGUCGCUGGUCGUCCGCUGUGCCGGGUGCUCUGGCGUCCAAUUAUACAGGAUGAUUGAUUUUCGUACCUCGUGCAAUGUAACCGUAGGUCUAUAAGCGAUGUGUAUAGGUUCAAAAGAUAAUAGAUUUGUGUCACUUGUUGUUAAACGUAGCCGUGGGGGCAGGUUUGUUUAUCCCAGUUGAUAUUUAUUCUUGAAAUGUUUUCUGUUUUUUUUUUAUAUUGAUUAUACAUUCACAUUGCGCGUACGUCGGUUUGGGCAGCUGUUAUGUAGAUACGAUGUUAAAGAUAUAGUCCCCAUACUUCUAUUAUUAUUCUGUAAAUAUAAUUUUUAAAGUUAUUUAAUAAAUAGUGAGUGCAAUCCAAAAUUAAAAUUAAAAAGGCAGCUGAUUUUUGUCCAUGUGUUUCUCUAUCGAACUAUUUGGCCGAGCUUACUAAUUGUGGGAACAAUAUUGGUAUAGUAUUAAAGUAAAUGAUAGUACACGUGCGCGCAAUGUGAUGUCCAAGGAAUCUGUCCCCAUUUGUACUGUAAGCGAGGAUUCACACGGCAUUGUAUUGCACGUCGUUUUGACGUAUACGUAUUUAACGAAUAUAUAGUGGCAUAUACGUUGUUCAUAGAUCCUUUCACACGAUGUUAAAUACUGCUAAAAAAGUCGGUUUACUGGCGAUAGUUGAACGUGACAAGUCAGAAUAUACUUUAUUUAUUGUUAAAAGUUCGCAACCCUAGAGCGAGGGAACGACGCAUGACGUCAUCUUUUUUCGAGUGUGCAGCCAGCUCUAUCGAAUUGUAAGACGUUAUUAUUACUUCAAAUAUUGGUUGUCUAUAAAGUGGACGAUUUUUUAUGUGAUAACGUCAUAAGAAAACAAGCUAAGGUCAUCGUGCUUUUCUAUAGUUUGUUCUGUACUCUCUGUGACACUUUUUUGUGCGUACAGCCGACGUUCAUCGAAUUAUGAGUCGGUGUCACGUCAAAAACGUAUGGCCAUAUAUAUGUUUAGACGUAUAUGAUGAAAAAUCGUGCACUACUUUGCCGUGUGAACGUAGCGUAAGAGUCAAUCACUACAAACGCGUCACACUAUGGUAAAUAAACUGCCCACUAUACACAAAUUUAUUACACAUACGAAUUGCCUUAUUUCACGUUACCUGUACUGCGUACCUACAUUGUUGAAUGGAAUAUCAUAGUAUAUAGAGCCUAAAAUUAAUCGAUCUCAAUUACCCGUAAGCGUUGUUGAAGCAUAAAUUAAGCGUGUUUUCCGUUUUAUCGCUGGGCAAUUUGAUAUUUGAACCCCGUGACGACUUCCCGCGAUGGCCCGGACUCUCGAUGAUUGAACUGCGGUUUGACGUCAUACUAACAAAUGACGUCACAUCCGUUGAAGAUCAUAGAGAAUCAGUACUCUUAGUACGAGAUUGCAUUUUUAGUGUCGAUUCUACUAUUGAAAUAUUGAAGUCUUAUUCGUGUUAUUUAACAAAAGUUCGUUUUUAAAAUGACGAAUCUAGUUCAAGUAGAAACAUUGAAUGAAAUAAAUACAUUUGUGAUUGUUUGGAAAGGUUUAAUUGCAAUCCCGCACUGAGGGCACCUACAGGGCUCAGUAGUGUCUUGUACAGUGUCCGUCGUUACAUUCGAUGUUGUUGGCGUCUCGCGAGCGAAUCGCGCGUCUAUUAGGUGUACAUUAAUCACCGCUCGCCUAUCUUCACCAUCCAUUAACAUUUAAUGCGAUUAAGAUAUAAAUUUAAGUAUCUGUCUGGUGCGUGUUGAAUGUGUCUUCUUUACAUGCCACUAAGUGUGUUGUAAAUUUACAUGAUACGUAUGCCUGAGGUUUUUGGAAGCAUUUCUUAAUAUACGUAUAAAGAAUUCAGUAAGACGAUCGAGCUUGCACCGCGGACCGCGUGCUAGUCCGCUUUUUAAUACAUCUUUUCGACUUGUAUAUAAUUUUAUUGUAGCAGUAGGGGAUCUCUAAAAUAAUUAACGAAGCACAAACGUCACUGGAGUGUCUUACGUCCUGUGUGCGCAGGGGCGAAUCGACAACACACACUGCCAUUAUGCGUAUGUUCAUGGUGCGUGUAUGAAUGUGGUCAUAGCGGAUUUUAUAUGACACCAUUGAGUAUCUAGGGUUAUAUGUCUAGGUGGGUUAGGGGUUAUACGUCACAUAAUGCUAUAAUUAUAACUGAGAUGCGUCAUACGCCGGUAAGCGCUCGAACCGCUGGUGUACGCUCUGAGAACGUGUGAAUAUAUUAUUUAUUAAAUAACUCACAGGAUUCGAUAAAUAUAUUAAAUCAAACACAGAAUUCACAGACGUUGUAGGGGCACCCCCAGGGGUCCAUUCACCCGCUGAGUGUCAAAUUCUCAAACAAAUAGAGGUUAAAUUCGACACUCAGCGGCUGAAUGAUCCCCUGGGGAUGUCCUUAUAACGUAUAUGAAUAAUGAGUGCGCCGGACGCGUGUAUAUCACUCGUUGCAUAGCGUACCCAGUAUAUACUUUGCAUCUCAAGUUUGUGACAAAUAAUACUGCCAUUCGAUAAGUAAAUUGUUAUACAUCAUUUGACGCGUAGGGAAUCAUAACGGAUAGCUUCGUAGUUUACGGAACCCGUCGGUGCAUAGCCGGUCGUAUUUGAUACAUAUUAUUCAAUUUCGAAAUUGUAAUAGAUUUAUUAAGUACGUAAUAAUCUCACACGAGAAAUUAAUAAGUAAAUACCCUAAUAUAAUUUGUGUCUUUAGCUGAUAAUGGAAUAGUACGAAAAUAAGUUUAUAUCGCUCGAAAGGCGUGGCGCGAGUGAUCGCGCGCGCGGUGAGAAGGGCCGGGACGAGUGUGAGAGUCGACAGCGCGAAGUUGAUGGACCGGUUGCCCUUUGCCUUCAACUCUAUUUAUUUGUGUAUCGGAAGCGAGUACAGCAGGGCAAUUCUGUAACGAUGGUUUGCAUAACUCGCUAGUGCGAAUUCACCUCUCUGUUUAACACGACACUAUAGAAUGAGAAAGAUAUAAGUGAAUUCGAAAUUCGCACUUUCGAGUUGUAUAAGGUAUCGUUACAGAAUAGCCCCCCAGAAGUGACCAACGUGGCACGUCCAGUCGGUGUACGACUUGUACAUAGAUACCCUUUAGAUUCUAUUUGUCAUAUGUUUGACAUAUGUUUAAUUUUAUUCAUCUAAGAAAGUACAGAUGGCUGUUGUUAUUUUUAUAUUAUUUGGGUAGAAGUAUAUUUUUUUGUAAAUGACCUCUGUAUUUAUCUUUUCUAAGCUUUGUAAGCCGUAGGAAAUUAGAUUAAUAUUCGAGCUACGAACAUUGUGAUCGACACUCGAUUGCAUUGGAUUUGUAUUUACUGAGAUAUUUUUGUUCUGCGUAUAUGAUAAUUGAUUAAUAAUUAUUGUUCGUUCGGACAGAUUUUUCUUAAUAAUUUUUUUUGUUACUUCAGAGUGCAAUAUGUACAAAUAUUUACAUAUAAAAUAUUAAUUGUACAGUCAAUUUUUUUAGUUUUAAUGUGUCAACGCAAUAUCCUUCGCUACUCAUUCGUUGAAUGUACACCGGGAAGCAUAAUAAGUUAUAUCACAAGUGAGCCGAUGGGCCCACUGCCACUACCGCGUUUUUCUAAUACUUAAGCGAUUAAUUUUAUAAUAGUUCGGACUAGGUGAUCUUUGUAUUUAAAUUUGCUAAUUUUUUGUAGCAGAUUAGAUUUGUUUACUUGGAUAAGAUGAAUAAUGUACAUUUUGAAUUGAUUUUAAAGUGAUUUAGUUGUUAUUUAGUGACGAAUUUUUCUUAGGUGUAACUGGCAGCCUCGUGGCCAGUCCACUGAUACCAGUGUGAUUUGUGCAAUGUCCAUUAGAAAAAUUGUAUACAUACAUACGUGCGCCCCCAGGCGCGCCUCGCCUCCCCCGCCUCGGCCACAGACACGCAGACAGAUAGAAUAUACAUACAAUUCAUUCAAAAUUUUCAUUUAAAUUCACAGAAGUUGUGUAGGACAUUAACUUUUGUGUACUAACUUUUAAUUUGUAAUGACUUGUAUAGUGCAUCUAAUGUACAUAUAAAUGUUAUCAAAACAGAUCUGAAAAUCCGAUUUUUACCAAGUGGUCUUUGCGGACGGUUUCUGAAUCUUAAGAUAGCUUUUUUUUAAAAUUACUAUUCUGUAAAUAGUCAAUAACAGUUUCUUUAUCAGACUUCUUGAAAGCAUAACAAAAAUGUUUGGAUAUAUUCUAUCUGUGCUUGUGUAAGAUACCUACAACUUCCGUUACUGAAUUGAAGUCUUUUUCGAAUAGACGUACCUAAGUUUACGUACUAGUUUUAAAUUCGGAAGUUGUUGGUGGUCUAGUGUUGUACUUUGAGUUGAGGCGGAACGGGAGGGACUGUUUCUUCUACUCCUUAUUAAUCUAGUGCCACGGCGAAUGAUUUUGGAAGGCUGAUUUUACAUGUUAAGAGCCCAUUCCGAUUUUGUGGAAAAGUUUUGUAUAUCAUUUCUCGAUUCUUCAAUGUCCGCAGUUAACUAUAUUUUAUUCCCUUCCUUUUGCCUCGGCGAAACCCUCUUUUUUAUGUAUAAUUUAACAAACGGUGAAGCGAAUUAGAUAUAGGGAACAGACAUGAUGAUAUGUUAAAAUUUUAGAGUCAACUUUUAUAAAAGAUAAAAACUACAAAACAAACGUGAAAAGGUGUGUACAAAACGAGGAAAUUUGUAUGAAACAUUGUUAUGCGAAUAAACUUACACCUCAAUAUAAAAAUA